AUGCGCCUCCUCCAUCUUCUCCCUCAAGGCUUGCUAUUCAGCUUAGCAACAACCACGGCCGCCUUCGAUCUCCCAUAUUUCUCCGAUAUCAGUUUCCCCAUCCGGCUCUCCGACUAUUUUCAGCCAAUCCCCACGACCAACACCAUCACACCCCAUCCUCCACAAGAACUGCGGAGAAGAGCAGGAGGCGGUCAGUGUCCAACAGAUUUCCACGCCUGCACCAACCUCAACGCCCCCGGACUCUGCUGCGCCAACGCAGCCAUCUGCACACCCGACGACAACGGCAAUGUGGCUUGCUGUCCUUCUCAUUCCGUUUGUACAGGCCUCGUUACGGGAUCGAUAACUUCUGGGGUGUUGAAUAGCCUGGGGAGUGUGGUGGGAGGAUCUCAGACAACAGGGGUUGUGACGGGCUCGGCUGCCACUCAGACUACUGGAGGACUGGUCACGACGACCCCUGGCGCAACCGCUUCUUCUACAAGUAAUAAUGGGGUUGUGAUUGAGAGUAAUUCACCCACCGGCACUGGAACCAGUCGAGCGGUGGUGCUGGGCGGUGGAGCUAGCUCGGGAUCGAGUGGGACGAAGAGGGUAGAGGUGCCCAUCAUUGCACGAGCGAUCAUGAAGGUGCUUGAGCAUCUGCCGGUUUGA